AAUUAAUGCGUGAAAGGGUUAAGUUACAAAAGAUUACAGAACAAAAUCUUUGCUAUCCUCCUUUACUAACUUCUUGUCGCACCGUGCUGCGGUGGGAAGUCUGUGCGUUCCCACGCCGUUCCCAUGCUUUCUCAUUCGCUUGUGCAUCCAUUCAGUCGAGGGGGGAAGGAAGGCGGUUGCAGCUACAGGAAUGUGUGCCCGUGCGCGUUCACGAUCGAGUCUAUCAGCGUGGCGCGCCGGGGAGCGCUGUGCACGCGCGGCGGGGCGACAGGUCUGUGUGUGUUUGGGGAGGGAGAAGGGAAACGCAGCAGAGGGAAUGAUGGCGGUGGAGGAAUGAUAAGAGUUUGAAAUCCUGGACAUGAAAAUUACAAAGACCUAACCUAGUUUCACCAAGACGCAAAAACUAAAAUUGGAGAUGACCACGAUCUGGCCUUUCUGAAGAAAAGACGUCAAGACAGGAUUGCUACACUGCGUUCCAGAAAAUUCAUGGCUAUUUGUUAAUGUAAACAUGUUCCUAUCCAAUUGAAACAGUAACGAACAGGCAGCAGCGAACUUUACCCACUCAUUUUCCUGUACGUGGGUGUUUUAUACCUUAUCCAAUCAUCUUUUUUUAAUUGAUUCCUUCAAAAUGAUAAAAACCGAGAGCAAAGGCGACCGGACGCUAAGGAGUGCUUCUCCCCACAGAAAUGCAUACAAAUCGGAUUUCCACGCGAUUAAAUGCUCCUUUGAUGGGGCUAAACCCAGUGAUAGUGCUUUGCAAAAGUCUUACACUAAUGGAUCAAGUGAUGACAGAGAAGACACAAGGGGAAGGCCUUUUGGUACUCGUAUAAAUAAAAUCAAGAACAUAUUCCUUCAGAUGGAUGGUCAGCAAAAUGAAAAUACAGAGGUUAAAAUAAUGGGAAGGAAUGAAAUACCUGCAGUGUCUCCGCCAAAGGCACCAUUAACCUCCAGUGUGCCAAAAACUAGUUUUCAUGGUAGUACCAGCCCAGAAUCACCAACUUCUGACAAGGCACCCAAGAGUGAAGAUGGAGAUUUCGAUAAAAUAGCGCUUUCUGGAAAGUUUUCGGAAACCAGAAAACUCUUUGAAAGAGGCAUCAAGGAUCAAACUCCAAUUGAAAAACACUCUCCUACUAAAACCAAAGCCAGGGUCUCACUGGGAAGCGUGUCUGAUGAUGGCAAAAGUCCCAGGCAUUCAUCAGGGUCAUCAGAGAAUACUGUGAGCAGCUUAAAGUCUGAUCUAAGCCCAACCUCUUUGACUAAAGGAUGGCAAAGUGAGAGGAGUGACAGCGAGGGAGGCAAACAUCAUGUAUCCAGGUUGUCAUCACUGAAUGCUGGCCCCAUUUCAAGAAGGCUGGAAAACUUCAUGGUGGAUAGUGACAAUGAAGAACCUAACAGACUCUCCUGCAAAGGGCAACCUGAAACAGAAAGCCAGCAAACUGUACACAGACCCUCAGCUCUUGCUAAGCCAACCUCUCCUAUUGGGCACGCCAUUAUUAAACCUAACAUUGGUAGCACUUCUGUAUCCAGCCCUUCCUUUAGAGAUCAAAAGCAAACACCAUCCUCAUUGGUCAGCAACAGCUUUAACUUUCAAAGGGAAGAAUCAUCUGAAGCAGGUAAGGCUGAUGGGGAUGUGCUCAUCAAUACAGGCUCUGCCAAGCUGCCUGAAAAGGAUGCAACCUUGGAUCACACAGCAGUGGGCAUGGUCAGGGCGGAGCUGGUCGUAGUACAAAACGAGUCUUCGGAAAGUGAUGAAAACGAAUACGAAAACGAUGUUUUUGAGGAGCUGAAAGCUGAAUCGCCGAAACCGGAUCAGAGGGAACAUCCUAUGAACCCCUUUUUAGAGGAGGAGAAACAGGAUUUCCCAGUGGAUGGAAAAGAAGUUGAGAAUACAGUAGAAAAAGUAGUAAGUGGUCACGGUAUUGUGCAGGAAGUACAGAAAUCAGACAGCAAGGUUGCUGAAGAUUACCCAGAGGAAGGCGAUGGGGAGGAGGAAGAAGAAGAAGAGAGUGAAAUUGAGGAACAGGUUGAGAACAACAGUGUCAAGUUAUCCCCAAACAUAUAUGGCAUAGAGAAUGCAGCUUUUGUAGAUGAUAAGGAUACAGAAUCGGAGCACCAGGAAACGGAACCAAAGGCUGAGGAGGAGGCCUAUGAAGAGGAAUACCAGUCUGGUGCAGACUUGAAUGAGAUUCCUGGUCUUUCUGAUGAAGACGACCCAUUACCACGAAGGAAGAUUAAGUUUUCGACAUCACCAAUACAGGUUUUCAGCACAUACUCCAACGAGGACUAUGAUAGGCGCAAUGAUGACGUUGACCCUGUUUCUGCAUCUGCAGAGUACGAACUGGAGAAGAGGGUGGAAAAAAUGGAUGUGUUCCCUGUUGAAAUUGAAAAGGGAGACAACGGUCUGGGAAUCAGCAUUAUAGGAAUGGGUGUGGGUGCAGACCAGGGUCUAGAAAAGCUUGGUAUAUUUGUGAAGACUAUCACUGAGGGUGGAGCUGCUGAAAGAGAUGGCCGGAUCUGCAUUAAUGAUCAGAUUGUGGAAGUGGAUGGCACCAGCUUAGUGGGAGUUACCCAGUUCUUUGCAGCAACAGUUCUGAAGAACACCAAAGGGACAGUCAGCUUCCUCAUUGGUCGAGAGAAGCCUGGAACACACAGUGAGGUGGCUCGUCUCAUCAGUGAGACAUUGGAACAAGAAAAGUGCCAGCAGGAGGAAUUGGAAGAGCACUAUGAUCAGUCAACGGACGAGGAUGAGCAUGAUGAAGAUGAGGAUGAGGAUGAGGUAUUGGGAUCAAGCUUUCGUGAAAAGUCUGAGAUUUUUGAACUACCUGAAAAUGAAGAUAUGUUUUUACCAUCGAAUAUGGACUUUGCACAGCUGGCUUUCAAAUUUAAAGAGCUACAACUACAGCAUGCUGUGACAACAGCUGAAAUCACCCAGUUGAAAGAAAAGUUAACGGCUAAAGAAACAGAGAAAGCAGAGUGGGAAACUAUGCAGACUCAGCUACAGAAAGACACUGAAGAAAAUAAGGAAAAAAUGAAAAAGCUAGAGACUUACUGGCUAGAAGCACAAACCCUGUGCAAAACAGCGAACGAGCAUCUUAAGGAAACACAGUCUCAGUAUGAUGCACUGGACAAGAGAUACAACAAGGCCAAGAAACUUCUCAAGGACUACCAACAGAAGGAAAUAGAUUUUGUUAAAAAGGAAGAGGAUCAAAAAAGAGCUCUUGAUGAGAAAGACAGAGUGCAUCAGGAGCAGCUCAAGAAAUUGCAGUACAGGAUAGCAGAGCUGGAAGCCCAGGCAUUCUCCGGGGGACAGAAAGCACUUGUACGCAGUAAAGCUGAUCUGGCGGAGGAGAACCCCAGGCUGGGGAGUACUGAACAGCUGGAAGGUGUAUGGGGUGUGGAGGAAGAGGCUAAAGGGACAGUCAAGAAAGCACAGUCUGUUGACACUUUACUUUCUGAUUUGGAUGACCUGGUCCCAGAAACGGUCAGGUUAGAUACCAGUGCUAACAAGGCAAAGGCACAGCUUUCUCUAAAAGCAAAAAGGCAACCGCCAUCUCGAAACAAACUAAGAGAAACUCUUGGCACUGGGGAUCAAAACGGAAAGGAGAAUAACGAGAGUGCAGUUACACAGUCUGAAGCUCUGUGUGUACAAAAUGAAAUGGCUUCCACAAAGGCCAUUCAAGAAACACUUUCACUGUCUUUAACCAGAUCAUAUUCUGGAGACAGACAAAAGACUGAAAAACCUGAAGUUGCAGAAAACACUCCAAGUAGACCAGAGCCAAGCUGUACUGUUCCCCCCCGGGCUUCUCCGCUCCACAGAACUAACAAUGAAGACAGUGUGAGCCCAGGCCAGUCCACUUCCAAAGAGACUUCCAGUCCCAACUCUCCCACAGGAUUCCUCCGGAACGUCAAGAAGAGAGAGUCCAAAGGCAAAGGCAAAGAGGCCAAAGAUGAGAAGGUAUCGGAAGCAAAUUACAGCCCAUCUUUAGGAAAACCGAAAAGAAGAUUUCCUGAUUUUGGCGGCCUUCGGAAAUCGGGUGGCAAAGGGAAGAAAGACAAAGAGAGUCUGAGAAGCUCAAUGGGCAGCAGGGGCUCUGGGGAUCUACUAGAAGAUUCUGGUGGUAACCUAUCUCCAGCUGAAUCCAUGUCAUCCAUCCCUACCUGCAUGCCUUUCUCCUGGUUUGGGGACAGUCACAAGGAGCCUGCUUCAUCAAGUACAAGCCUCCAUUACACUUCAACUGAGACCGCACUAGAGCACGGCCAGGAGAAAAGCAAAAAUAAGACAAACCUUUCCUGGUCUUCCUUAUUCAGUCGUUCAUUAGAUUUGAACGUAUCUGUCAUAGAUGAUUCAAACCGUGGCAGUCCGUGUUCUGAUUUGACAGGGUUAGUGGCAGAGCCUAAUCUGUCAGGGCGUUCGCAUACUUUAACCUUCUCUUCAAAUGAGACAUUGGAUGACUCCCCUGCAACAGGAAAACAAAACCAAUGGCAUAACAGACCUGUUUCUGAGUGGACAACUCAACAAGUCUGUCACUGGCUGAUGGGGAUGAACAUGGAUCAGUACACUACUGAAUUCACAGCCAAAUAUAUUGAUGGACAACAGCUGAUGCAGCUGGACAGUGACAAACUGAAGGCUCUUGGUGUAUCCAGUCAAACUGACAGAGCAACAAUUAAAAAGAAGCUCAAGGAUAUGAAAAAAAACCAGGAGAAACUGGAAAAGCAGAGAGAGAAGGAAGCACGACGAAGUGGGAAACCCCUACAAGUAGACUCAAACUGCUAAAAACAGGAUUGUUUUAUUGUAUGUCAUAACUUUUUUAUUUUUCAAGAACAAUACUUUUUAUGUGUGUGUGUGUAUAUAUAUGUACAGAUAAUCAAAGUGUGGUACAGGUGAAACGGCUAAAGCAAGUUUUGGUGAUUUUUUAAAAAUUUUUUAAUUUGUUUUUCUUAGCGUAUAUAGUAAUCCAUCUUAGUUCUGAUAAUAAGGUACUUUAAAUGUUAUUUUCUUUGCCAUCCCAUCAAGGAGAUCCUUCUUCACUCCUACCUGUAAGUUUCUGUUGCUGGUUUGGAAUUCUGUUCAAGCAAAGCAACCGUCUGAGAUUCUGAGUGGGAAAUGGAGUUGGAGUUGGAGUCUGAGGGCUUUUAAACACGUUCUUUUGAGCAAGUAUACCAAACAGUGUACUUGUAUAAAUAUGAACUUGCAUUGUAUCAAGAAAUCAACACAAAAAACAAAACAAAAAAAAAAAAAUAGCACAUUCUAAUCAGAACUGUCAGAUAAAAGUUUCAAAGCAUAGGGCAUGUGCUUUUUAGCAAAUAUUUUAGAAUUAGGUGUUUUGUAAUGUGUGUUUUACAAGUAUAACAUAGUUGUGUACAGAUUUUUUCUUACAGGAGCUUGUACAGUUUAGGAGAUAAAAGCACCAUGUUGUCUUUUAAGCUACAAUGGGGCGACACGGUUUUAAAUGUAUAAAUAAGAUUUCUAAAGAUUUUAUACAUAUUUGCCUGUUACACUACAUAAUUUUUAAAAAAAAGAAUCAGAUACAUAUUUAGCUAUUACCCUAUGUAAUUUUUUUUAAAAAGAAUCGUUUCAUACCAUUGAAAUACAAUUCAACACUAAAUGUGUACAUUUUCUACCGAGUAGAAUAGCAAAUAGUAUGGGACCACUUUUAUAUACAAAACAAUCUUCUAGUUUACAACACAUGCUGCUGCUUUUCCCUGCUGUGUGCUUGCUACACAAAGUAGGGAUUACUGGGGGCGGUUACUUAAUUGUGGUGUCUACCAGUGUAUUGUUAAACUUGCAUUAGUGACUUUUUUUAUGCCAUUUAGUACAUUCCCUAUGGAAAAGACAACAAAAAACUGUUAAGACAUUGAAGAAUGCUGUCUACUCUGAGCAUGAAAUCAUGGAGAAUUGAAAAGCAAAUAACUAGUAUAUAUUCCCACUGUCUUCUUCACUGAAGGCAUACUAGUAGUAUUAAAUAAUUUGCCUUUAGCAAAAGUAUAGGAGGUUCCAACGAUGUUGGAAGGACCACAGCCAGCUUUUUGAUAGGAUUAUAUAUAUAUAUAUAUAUAUAUAUAAGUAAUGUAUAAUCGUAUGGGGAAACCUAGGAAAAACAAGUGCCACUUUUAGGUUUAAAAAGAUUUUAAAUUCUUCCAACUAAUUUGACUUCUAUUGAGUUUUAGUGUCUUCCACUAAAUGGGUUGGUUUACCUUCUAAACCAUUCUCAAAUUGGUAAAUAUUGUAUUAACAUUAUUAAUAAACUUUUCUGAUAAAUCCAUUGUCGUGUUUUGAUGUGGGAAUUGUAAUGGCAAAAAUUGUUUCUGCUCUUUACAUUUAAGCCAGACUCAAAAUACUUGUAGCAUUCAGAUCUGUGUGCUCCGAAAUAUCAAACUUUUAUUUUACUUUUGUUUCACGCGAGGUAUUUUGCUGCCAUUGCUUUCAUAUGGUGUUGGACAGAUCAGCGCCAAGUGCCAAUCACAGCCGAGUGCUGACAAUAUGUGCUUGCCAGGAAAAAUCAUGAAUGAAACUGUUGUCUACCGAUGAGUCCAAGCACCCUGAAGUGUUUGAUCCCUCCCAAAUUUCAUAAAAGGAUAGGCAAGUCAGUAUUUCAUACUUUGCCCCUGAUAAGCAUCUUUCCUGCCUUUUUAUUAUUUCUGAAGUUCACUACUAUUUUUAUUAAAUAACUGUCUAACACUUUAGUAGGUGGCUACUUGCUGUCAGCAACAUAUUGUAUGUUUCUUUGCUAAGCUCAGAUCGCUCAUUUCAUACACCUUCAUAUAGAUGACGGAAACAACGUUGAAGAACAAACCAGUGUAUUUAUUUAGUAGAUUAUAUGGGGGACAUUACAGCUAUGGCCAAAAGUUUUGCAUCACGCCUGAUAGAAUUAAUAAUGUUACAUUGACAUACUGAAAUUACAUACAGCUUUGUAGUUUUCCAAAAAUUGAAAAAUGUGACAUUUCGGAAUCUAACAUAAAAUACAGUACUACUAUUGUAGUUUUUCCGGUAAACUUGGGAUACCAUUUUGUAGUUUUUUAGAUUGCAUGAUGUGAAAUAAAAUAUCGAAAUAAUGUUCAUAUUGUUUUUUUGUUUUUUUAAAUUAUGUCUGCAUCCUAAUAUUCCACUGUGUGAUGCAAACCUUUUGGCCAUAUAUGUAAAUUCUAUUUGAGUACAUAGCCUAUGGUGUGGUACUGGUGCCUGUGCGUCCGGGUGCAGACUUCUUCCCCAAAUCUGCCCAAUGAAUGACAUUAGACCGUCUAUAUACAGAAGUAGCAAAAGCAGCUUCAACGUGCAACCUAAACACAGGAACAACAUUUAUCCAUUCACAGUAAAGAGAAAUUGCAGCUUCAUGAUUGUUUUUUUUUAAGCAUAUCAUUUCUUAUACCACAGCAAAUAUACAUUUCCUUUACGCCACCACCAAUUUACAAUAAUCAAAAAAAAAAAAAAAAUACAGCACAGUUCAAAGAGGCAGAUCAUUAUAUAAUGUAUCCACUCUGGAAUAUACUUACUAAAAAAAUAAUUCAAAAUACAAAAUGUUCCUGCUUAGCAGGACUACCACAAAAACCUAUUGCUGACCACAAUGAAAAAGUAUUUCACAGCACACUAAAUCUACCUUUCUUCAAAAGACCUACAAAAAUAUUGUUAACAAAGCACUGCUUACUAUAACAAGAAUGUAAAUCAGUGAAAUAUGAGGAUCAGCAAAAGUAAUGCACCGGAUAUAUGGUAAAGCAUGAUCAUAUUAUCAAAAUGUAUGAAUUGCAUUCAAUUUCCUGAAGACACCUUGCCACACAGGUCAAGCAUGUCUGAAUAAGGGUGUUAAUAUAUGUGGCCACUCAUGAGGCCAUCGAAAUAGUCACAAAUUGUGUUUAAAUACUGUGGGUAUGUUUGAUCUGAAUGAACUGUGUUAAAAGACAAGGUCUAUUUUGUAUCUGGACAACAGGAUUUGUGAUUGAUUGAUGAAUGCUGAGAUGCUUCACCUCAUCACUGGGGUGUUCAGUUCUCAUCAACGGGCUAUUCUGACCUGCAUCCUUACCCCUCUUUACCAUGUUUAACCCCAAUCUUAAAUUGUCUGAGACAUUAUACUUUUUGGAGUGGUUUUAUAGUAUGUGAUUAUUAAAACUGUUUUAUUUACCCUGGUGCAGCAUGGAUAACAUUACCUUGUGUAGUAUGUCUGUGGGCCAGUUUACUUAUUUUAUUCAUGAAAUAAUGCAAUCACUUGUAAUAAAUUGUUCCAGGUUCAUGAACAAUUAUUACUUCAGUAAUCUGUGUUUGUAUACAGUGUUCAAUUGGUGUACAAGGCAGGUGAGGUAUAUCUAGGGCUUCUGAUUUUUGAUUUUAACCGAUACAAACAAAAUGAAAUCAGAACACCGGAAAUACACUGGAAACGGUUACUGAAUUCAUGUUGACUUGACCCCUUUCCCUGUGAAAAUAAAUUAACUAAAAAAAAAUGCCCAGUGCAGUUGGACAAUGUCCCUCCGCAUUGAUUUGUUCUGAAUACUUUAAACUAGGGGUGGGCAACGAUAUGAAAAUGGUCUGUCGAUAAUAUCAGUCUUCCAAAACACAGACGUAUAAUAACACAAUUGCAAUAUGAAACAUAUACAUAUAUGGACAUUACCAGAUAUUUACAUAUGGAAAGCAAUAACCUACUUUAUCUUAGUGGUGCUUCGCUUCGCAAUAGCCAUGGAGAAAAACAAGGUCUUGUUAUAUUGUUUACUAUUCCAUCAUCAGCCACCUCAAAACCGAAAUAUUUCUGUACUUCACUACACACACACACUUUCUAGCCAAUCCGGAAGUAAUCGAAUUCCUCAAAGUAUUAAGUACGGUGUCAUGCCGAAUUUUGCAUUAUUUUGAGAUCUGUUUUAAAAGUACAUCUCAUUUAUAAAACCGAAGGUUAACAUUUAAAAAAAAAAAAAAAAAUUAAUAA